UUUCCGCUGUUCGUUUUCUUUUUUUUUCUGCUAGCCAACGUUAGCUGGAUAAGUUAGCCUCUCGUUCGCUUGUUAGCUAGCAUUCUGAAUCGGCUAAUCAGCUCACACAGGCUGGCACUGUCAGAGAAUGAACUUGGUAUUCUGUGUAGAGACUCCGAGGCAUCGUAGCUCCAUACAGACCCGAUGGAAAACUACUGGAUAAAAUACAUAGGCUCAGAUAAACACUUAUUUUACAUUAGCUGGCUUGACCUCCCCCAUUAAUACGACCGCUUAUGUUAGUGUUUUAAGGGGCUACUCGCUUGAUUUCCAUCCAUCCUUCACAUUAGCACUUGGAGCAGUUGCCGAGCGAAAUAGAACAUUUGCUGCACGUCUUCUUUCCACAUAUGCGGUCACGGAGGAAUAAAGCCCGUGCCUUUUUAAAAUGCAGCCACAUGGGGAUCUGCCAGAAGGAUUGAAGUUUAGAUGUAAAGUUAAUACGGCACAGGAUACGUGCAUGCAGUGUAUUUUUUUUUACCUUGCAUGUCCUGCCCCCCUUGCAAAGGGUCGCCACACAACUGUGAAUUGUCAUUCCAGUCGACUCCGAUGGAUGCGAAUGGCACGAGGAUUUAAUUGUCAUGACCAUUUUCCUGCUGACCAGUCAUUCCUUCACUGAGGGACCGCUGCCUUUUUUGGUUUCUGGACUUAUCAAUGCAGGGAUGAGAUAAUAAAGUCACCCAGCUCGUGCAUGCUGCUACAACAAUACCUGUGGCACUUGUAAACCCACCCCACCCUGCCCCCCUAACUCCUCCCCAAGCUAAGUUCAUUUCAACAGUCAAAACAUGACGACUCCGGCUCUCCUGCCGCUGUCGGGCCGCAGGAUACCCACUCUGUCGCCGGGUGCCUCCUCUUUCCCGCACCACAGGGCUACGUUGAGGCUCUCAGAGAAGUUCAUCCUCCUCCUCAUUCUCAGUGCCUUCAUCACCUUAUGCUUCGGGGCCUUCUUCUUCCUCCCGGACAAUUCCAAGCACAAGCGCUUUGACCUGGGCUUGGAAGAUGUGCUCAUCCCUCAUAUUGACUCGCCCAAAGAGGGGAAGCACGCUUCUGGACAGGUGAUCAUACAUGGACAGGGAGGACAUGACGAGCACAGACACAGGGAGGAGGAGGAGAGCCUGCGGGACAAGAUUCGGGCAGACCAUGAGCGAGCACUGCAGGAGGCAAAGGAGAAGCUGAGAAAGUCACGUGAGGAGCUGCAGGCUGAGAUUCAGACAGAGAAGAACAAAGUAAUGGAGGACCUGAAAAAGAAGGAUGCAGGGCCCAAACCCUUGCCACCAGUCCCCAUGCCCAAAGUGGUGGGCGUCAGUGAUGGUGAGCCACCAGAGCCUGAUGUCAAAGAGAAACGCGACAAGAUCAGAGAGAUGACGAAGCAUGCAUGGGACAGCUACAGACAGUACGGCUGGGGUCACAACGAGCUGAAGCCCCUCGCCAAGAAAGGACACUCCACAAAUAUCUUUGGCAAUUCCCAACUAGGGGCGACCAUUGUGGAUGCCUUAGACACCCUCUACAUCAUGGGUCUACACGAUGAGUUCAAGGACGGCCAGGAGUGGAUCGAACAGAAUCUGGACUUUGGCGUGAAUGCCGAGGUGUCCGUGUUUGAGGUCAAUAUUCGUUUCAUAGGAGGACUGCUGGCCGCCUACUACCUCUCUGGACAGGAAGUAUUCAAGCUGAAGGCGGUCCAGCUAGCUGAGAAGCUGCUUCCUGCCUUUAACACCCCCACAGGAAUCCCUUGGGCCAUGGUCAAUCUUAAGAGUGGUGUUGGUCGUAACUGGGGUUGGGCGUCGGCGGGCAGCAGCAUCCUGGCUGAGUUUGGAACUCUCCACAUGGAGUUUGUUCACCUCACCUACCUGACAGGGAACCCUGCCUACUACCAGAAGGUGAUGCACAUCCGAAAGCUGCUAGCCAAAAUGGACAGACCCAACGGGCUCUACCCAAACUACCUGAAUCCCCGCACGGGCCGCUGGGGCCAACAUCACACCUCAGUUGGAGGACUCGGGGACAGUUUUUACGAGUACCUGCUGAAGGCAUGGCUCAUGUCAGACAAGACCGAUACAGAAGCCCGCAAGACCUAUGAUGACGCCAUCGAGGCCAUCGAACGCCACCUGAUACGCAAAUCUAAUGGCGGUCUGACAUUCAUUGGUGAGUGGAAGAAUGGCCACCUGGAGAGGAAGAUGGGCCACCUGGCCUGCUUUGCCGGCGGCAUGUUUGCGUUGGGCGCCGACGGCUCGCCCGACGACAAGGCCGGACACUACCUGCAGCUGGGAGCUGAGAUCGCAUACACCUGCCACGAGUCCUACGACAGGACGGUGUUGAAGCUCGGCCCGGAGGCAUUUAAGUUCGACAGCGGCCUGGAGGCGGUGGCUGUACGGCAGAAUGAGAAGUACUACAUCCUGCGGCCGGAGGUCAUCGAGACCUACUGGUACAUGUGGAGGUUCACCCACGAUCCCAAAUAUCGGCAGUGGGGCUGGGAAGCAGCACAGGCCAUUGAUAAAUACUGCAGGGUGAGCGGAGGUUUCUCGGGGGUGAAGGACGUCUACUCCUCCAACCCGACCUACGACGACGUGCAGCAGAGCUUCUUCCUGGCCGAGACGCUCAAAUAUCUGUACCUGUUGUUCUCCAGCGACGACCUGAUGCCGUUGGAGAGUUGGGUCUUCAACACUGAGGCUCACCCACUUCCUGUCCUCCACCUGGGUAACAUCACCCUGCCUGGCAGCGAGCCGGCUCAGCGGUAGACAGUCAGACCCUCUUCCUCCACUACAGCACCAGGGGGCGCCACCUGUCUGCCCGCCUGCCUGCCCAAAAAACCCACCCACCAACACUGGACAAACUUACAUUCAGCUCUACAGACUCUCAACUGCUUUUGGACUGCAGACAUAAACCAGAGGAGACGGAGAGAGAGUCUCCCGCACAGACCACUGCAGCGUGGGGAGGACUCGGUCGUUGAGUCUCCCUCUCUUCUUCUACGUUUUACUCUUUGACUCUCUCUGUUGAUCUCUCUGUCUUCUCUGCUUAAAUCAGAAAGAUGGUGGGUUUGCUGCUCAGCCUCACGACUGGCUUGAAUUGACUCUUUUCUCUGAAGGAUCGAGCUCCAAAAUUGGAGGCUUGAUUUAGUUUUUUUGUUAUUAUUUUUAGUGUUUAUUUGAGAUUUGACCAAACUUUCCUCCCAUACAGACUCAAGCUGAGGCAAUGAGAGUGCAUAUGGGGUUUUGUGAAGGAUCACACAGUCGGUUUGACACUGUACUGAUGGAAGUGUUAUUUUUCAAGGAAGACAGACUUGACUUUACAGGGUCUGUUGAUAGGAUGUGUUUUUUUGUUUGGACAAAUCGUUAAUGGGGACACAGGGUUGAAUCAAAGCCCUUCGCUUCUCUCUGACCCAACCCCUCCCCACUCCACUUCCUGUUUAAUCUUCAUCCGAAGAACUUUGACCUGGAACUGUUUGCAGCUCGUCACAUCAUCAGUGCGAGGGCCGGUUGUGGCAACAGCCCCCAACUCCUCCUCUAAUCCUUUUUCAGAAAAGUGAACCAUUGUAAGUGGAACAGUAAUUACAGGGGGACAGCAGCAGGCCUCCCCAUCUUCACCACUCCCCACCUCAACAUCUUUUCAGUUUCUCUUCCAGUUAGAGACGUCACCGGGCCACAACUUUUCCCAUAAAACAUUCUGCUGCUACUCGUUUGGAUGUUGCUUUAUUAUCUCUCUUCACCUUUUUUCUGAUCACACCAUCGCAUAGUUUCUCCCCAGCUUAUCGACCCUUCUCUCAUCUCUUCCGUUCUUAUUUCCCAGCUUUGCAUAAAACACUCCAAAUCAUUUUCAGGUCAUACAUUGUGAGAUGAGGCUAGAACCCAACCAUGCUUGUGUAUGUGUGUGUGUGUGUGUGUGUGUGUGUGAUGGUUAAAAUACCUCUGCUGUAAAUCAUUUAUUUCUGCACUUUGUAUGGGAAGACUAUGAAGAAGAGGAAAGUAGAGGUGUAGCACUGAAAGAGCUGAAUAAAUGAGGACCCUCCUGUGUCUCCCUGCUGAGCUCCCAUGCCACAUUUUCUCUGUUCAACCCCAAAUCACCAGUUGGACCACCUAACUGUAAGUUGCUUGUUCUCAUUGUGGUGUUAAAAUUCUCCAUAAUUUGUCUUUACCACUUUUUUCCCCCCACAAUGCCUCUCUUAUUUUCUGCUUUAUCUUUAAUUUGUCGUACCUUCUCCACUCUGCUCCAUUUUUACCUCUCCUGUCCACAAUAAAAAUUCUAAAAACCUGGAGGCCUUUAGUCUCAGGGUUCCCACAUGACUCUGAAAAGUGUGGCAAAGUAUGAAACCUUUAUUUUAUAAUGUCCAUGUUUUGGAUAAUCUCUCAAAAAUCGCUUGGGAAUCACAAAAUCUUUGGAUAAAAAUGUGGAAAUAUGUGAAAAAGCUGCAAACUUGUCCGCUUUGUGUUAAUUGUUUAGUAAACAAUCAUGACCAUGCACUAUACAGAUUGAUUCGACCCUGUUCAUCAUAUUGUCCAACUGCUAAAUGCCGACAUCAUAUCAUCAAAGUCUUAAUAUCUGUGAAGAAAUUGAGGUCAGUGGAAAGUCAGAAAUUCUGAAAUAGAGCAAAUCAAGGACAUUUUGGCUGGUUUGUGUAAAAUUUCAAAUGCACAUCUUUUGCUGAGUCGCUAUAAUUUCUCCUCUCUGUAAGGGUUUGAUAGUCAGAACAUACAACUCGCUUCGUGUGGUGCGAUUUAUCAAGAGCUUGGUCUUGUUGAGAGAGGUCAGAGCCACCACACACCACGCUGUCUGCUCAGUUAGCAGCUUGGUUCUGCCUCCAGUUAUCGCUCCUGACACAACUCUCUCUGUUACAGCCAAAGCAGCGUGAAGGAUUUACUGCCCGGGUUGCUCAGAUAAUAGAUAGUACAGUCUGUUAAAAAAUAUUAUGUCAGCAAACAACCAAAACAACUCGACUCUGGAGACAGACAGUUACUGAAUGCUGGACAUUGACUGAAGGGUGACCUGCUGUAUGAAGCAGCUACUCUACAACUCUCUGAAAGACACUGGGCAAGAAUUUUAUGCUAAAAUCUGCACCGACUCAUAGCCCAAAGUGGGGCUGCAGAAAACCUGAAAUUUAGCAACUCAAACACAAACCUCAACACGUUCAUUAAACAUAAUUUCAACCCCUAGAAUAUGGGAGUAUACUGCGCGUGUUCGGCCAGUGCACAAGCGUCAGAUCUGCUCCUGUUUCUGUUUGAUGUUAAAAAUAAUUUUAAUGAAAAUUGUCAUUGUUUGCAUUUUAUAUAUGCAUAUAAAAUAUGACUGCAGCAUUAGACACACAAAAAAAACAUUUUUAGAUGUUGUACGGACAUAACAGUGAUGUAAUCUCUAAAAAUAUGAUUGAAGUGCAGUUGUGACCUUUUCUCUGGGCCACGUUAAGUUUGUAGCUGAACCACACGAAACGGUAAGCAGCAGAGGGGAGGACGUGAUGUUGGGUGAAGGCAAAUAAUACAUAAAUGAAACCAAAAAGCGUACAGAUGGUUUCAGGAGAAAAAAAGUUGUAAUGAGUGGGACCACAGGAGUCCUGUUGAGGUUAAAUAAUCCAAUAAUACUACUACAAUUUUCUUUUAGAAGCCAAGUUUUUAGUAUGAAAUCAGUCAAACUACUUUGUGUUGUUGCUGAAACACCAAUGUCAAAAACUACAUCCAGGUUACAAUUAGGUUAAGGUUAGGCAUUUAGUUGUGAUGGUUAAGGUAAGGGGCUAGGGAAGGCGUGUGAGAGAGAGAGAGAGAAUUUCAUGUGUUCUGAUAUUUUCUGUGAGCUCAUUAAUAAGCCUGUUGACUACCAGUUUGUGUGACAUGAACCUCUGAUGUGUUCAAACUCUGCUUAUCGACUGACUGGUUUAGGUAAAGAGAUGAAACUGAUCGGGGUUUUACUACUAAAGAUGAUUUGUAUGCAGGCGUUCAAGUUGAAGAGUAGGCAUUGCACUAAACCAGGAAGAAUUUUUUUGUGUGUGCGUCUGUUUGUUUCUCUUUUCAAGCCUUAUUGUCAAAUGUGACGCCUUGGCCAAUACUGUGCUCUUUCACGUUCUUUGCUUUGUGUUUUGUAAUACAUUAUUAUGAUAUAAAUUCCCUAUUAUUGUUUUUGUUUGCACAAACAUUGUCUGUCCUCUGACGUGCAGAUACAUGCAGAACUGUGAUGCCCUAAAAGCAGACUUGACACCAGGCUACAAGGGCGAAAGAUAACUGCUCAGAGAAAGGCUUUAACAUUUUGUUUACUGCCCAGCCACAUGACUAAAAUGUUCUCCAAAAAUGUAUAAAUAUGCUGACCUAACAGCCGCUUACUAGAUCCCCACGUGUCCUCCUGACAAAACACAGACAUUUCAUUUUUGACCGAAACUCAGUUUGCUGUCGUUUGCCCCUGUUGGACAGUAGGUCAGCUGCUCGUCUAUCAAUGAAGCCAUACUGUAUAUCCAGAAGGCAAAGUAUGAUACACUACUGCUAAAACAACAGCUUCUACUCAGUGUGACUGACUGUAGAGACUGACUGAUUGAGAAAUGUUAAGUCAUAGUUUUAGGUUGCUCUUCCCCUUUGCCUCAAAUUGCUGCUCAUCUCAAGUGAGCACAAAAUGUUGCCUUCGCAGCCUAACACGAAGACACAGUAAAAGUUAAGAUUUAAAGGAUAAGGUUGGAGAUAUUCGUUUCUUAUUGUCAACAAAUCCCAUGAAAACAGCAACACCACCAAUGAAUUGAUCCCAAUAACAAGUUUUGUCUGUGUAUGUAUCUUAAUCCUCAUAUAGCUCCAUUGUUGUCCAAAAAUUAUUAAAAACACAUCAAUGAGCCACACUGUGCACUGACUGACAUGCUCCUUCAUUAUCAGGAACACACACACUGUAGUUUAUUUUGACUCACUCCCACACACACCGUCCUGCUGCCACAAAUACUCACUAGAGCACUAAAUGUGGAUUAAUCUGCAUCUGAAAAUAGUCCCGGACAAAUGCACCGUUUCCUCCGGUUUGUUGGUUUUGGUCUUUUCGAUUGGAUGACAAUAAUAUAGCAUGAAAUAAGAAAUGUAAAACUAUCAGAUAAUCUGCUUUAUACUUUAAACAUCUUUGGAAAUUGGCGUCACCUGAUUUCAUAAAUAUGUAGGUCCUGAUUUGUCAAACCACUGUAGCCAGCAGUUACAGACAUUUUAGAAAAAUGUCUUAAUAUCAAAACGUUAGUUGGGUUUAAGAGAGCAGAACGGCUUCGACCAGAUUCCUGGCCAAAGUUCAGGUCAAUGUUGGGCUGAGCUUAUAUUUAAUCGCACCUUUUUUAAAUAAAUGAAACAAGUCGUCCUCGGUUUUUGGUUUAAAGUUUAGGGGAACCUCUCACAACAUUCCUCUACAGCUUCGAUCAGUGUACAUACAGGAUAUAUUUCUCUGCCCAGUCCCCCAUUCAACACAUUUUAUUCCCUGCAUACAUUUCUCUCCACCAUCCAUCCAGUAUCAUCUCCACCUCUCUUUCAUCUGAACUCUGGUGGCAGUCGACCUCAGCUUUCCGUUGAUGCAGCACAGUCUCGGCUCUCAGCCUCUGUCCCCCAGUCUCUGACAUCACGCUGACAUCAUGCUUACAUCUUCACCACCUGUCUCUGAUUGGGAGGAGGUCCAGGCGAAACCUGGGCGGCCAUCGAGUCGCUGGGAGCGACGUUGAUUUUGAAAAUUGAGUGUUCUGUAUUUGUAUUUUUACUGAACAAAAAAAAAAAAUUAAAGUAUCUGUAAAUAUGUUUAAACUCAGACACAAAUUCAAUAAAGAUGUUAUGAAAAGUGAUCAGAAAUGUAAAGUA